AUGCGCGCGCUCGAGCGCGUCGCGCGACGCCACGGCGCGCGCGAGCGCGCGAGAGGGCGUCGAACGCAUCGCGAUGAUGGAUCGGGCGCGCGCGGGCGAGGACGGCUCGUCGCGCGAUCGUCCGCGCGGGAGACGCGGCGUGGACGACGGUCUGGAUGGACGCGUGGGGGGUGGACGGGGCGCGAGGGCGCGGAUGGGACGGGGACGGGGGCGGGCGAGGAGCGAGGGGAGGAAUCCGCGUCGAGCGCGUCGACGUCGGAGAUUGGGCACGGGAAAGAGGACGCGUUCGCGUUGCUCGGGACGCCGGGACGGUGCGUGGUGACGUUUCGAGUGCGCAAACGUACGCGUUUGGGACAGAGAGUGGUCGUCGUCGGAUCGACGCCGGAGCUGGGGAGUUGGGACGUCUUCGGGAGCGGGAUACGGUGCUCGCCAGAGGGAGACGAUUGGUGGAGCGCCACGGUGUGCGUGGACGUGCCGGUUUCGAGGGUCAUCGGAGAGGACGUGUUCGUGGCGGAGUAUAAUUACGCCGUGAUCGACGAGUUGGAGGAGACUGGACCGACGCACGCGUGGAGGCUGCGGACGAGCGAGCUGACGCUUCCAUCGUACGCGUUCAUGGUGGACGUCAUGGACGUGUGGACAGAGCGACCGGAAGAAGUUUCGGCGCUCAUGGGAUCGACGCGUUUGAACGAGCCCGCGAUCAAGCAGGUGACGCAGUAUUACACGGGCGGGGCGAGUAAAUCUCUCGCGGCGCGAGACGAACGGAACGUCAAGAUGGAGAUUUGGUUCCCGAGCGAUGACUGCGCCAUUUUAGUGGAGGACGGUGAGGUGGUCGAGGUGCUGGAGAGCGCGAACGAAGCGCAUGAUGACAAGGGCGCGCGCGUGGGCGACGUUUAUCUCGCCACGGUUGUCGGAAAGGUGCCGAACAUGCGCUCGGUUCUCGUCGGCGUGGAGAUGAAGGGCGAUCGUUUCACCAAAACCGCGCUCCUACGCGACGGGUUAUCCGCGCCUGCGGCGUGGUGGAAAGGCGUCGAGAGCGACAGAGUUGGCAUCGACGCUUCGUAUUUCGAGGCGCAGUACGAAGAGGAAGAGGAAGAGGACGCAAAUCUCGGUCCGAACUACAAGCUCAGCAACCAAAGCUCGCAGAACGCGAGCGAGCAACUCGUGCGCGCGGGGAAGUACGCAUUCGGCUUGUACGACAUCGGCGACUCGGUGAUCGUGGAAAUUACAAGAGACUCUAGAGAAAACAAGGGCGCGAUCGCGAGCGCAGAACCGAGUCUCACAGGACGUUUCACCGUAUUCGAGGGCACGGCGACGGGCACGAGCGCUCGCGCUAGUAAAAAGUUGAGCGUGGUCAGUCGAGAUUUUCUCGCGCAGUGGGGCACCAAGGCGUUAGAGAAGGUUUGGGGAAAUCGCGCGCAGAAACUGAAUGAGCGGUUUCCUGACAUGCGAGGCGGUGGCGCUCAUCUCAUCAUGCGCUCCGCGAGCGUCGGUGCCUCGUCUGAGGUCUUGACAAGAGAGGUUCGCCACCUCGCGAGCACGUGGACCUCAGUGCUUGUCAGAGCGGCGAAGUCGGUCGAAAAGGCGCGAGAGCGCCGAUAUCCACUUCGACCUCGGCUUCUUUGGCGAGAUGAUAUAACCUUCAAGGAUGCAAUCCUUCGAGAGCUUUGCUCGCUGAACAUAUCCAGCGUUGUGUUACCAAACGACGCCGCGCCGGAAACUGUCAAAGAGUUGGCGCACAGUGUCUCAAUUCUUAGAGCAGACACCGCUGAUUUGAACACGGAGAUACGCACAGAAGAUCCAGACAAGAUGCGGCAACUGGUUCAACGCGCCAUUAGGUUCGAAGAGCGCGUGCCGUUGCCAGGAACGCAGUCUGCGCAGCUCGUGAUUCAGGGUACGGAGGCGCUCACGGCGAUCGACGUCAACACUGGCUCGUGCAAAAAGAGCAUCGCCGAAAUCAACGUCAUCGCUGCACGCACUGCGGCGCUGGAAAUUCGUCGCCGAAAUAUAUCGGGCAUCAUCGUGAUUGACUUUGUGAACGUCCAUCCGAGACAGCGCGAUCAAGUGUACAGACAGAUUGAGGCGGAGUUCGCACACGCCGCAGUGCGCGAUCGAGGAAAAAUUUCGUUCACGCCGAUAUCGCCCUUCGGAUUGCUCCAGAUCACCAGAUCUCACAUCCCGCACGGGUCAAAGGGUGAGCAGUCAGCGCGCAAAACGCCAGCGGCCACGCGUUGGCUCGGUGCUAGGCGCAAGACCAGGUAA